UUCAGAAAUUAUGGAGUCAGCGAAAUCGCCUCCGGAGCAAAUUGUCCAAGAAUUUACUUUAAAAGAGGAUAACGAACUGCGUUUUGAGGUCGCAAAUGGUGAUGUGAUGUUAGAACUUGUGGAUGGACGUGCGGAAGUUUUUGGAACUGAGCUUAUUCAGCACAAAAAAUACAUCUUUCCAGCUGGAUCAAGAGUAGCUGUGUUUACGUGGAUGAAGGCUGUCGUGGAACUUGUUGGGAAAACAGAAAGUGCGUAUGUUGCCGAACAGACUCCAAUGAUCAUUUAUUUGAAUACACAUGCAGCUUUGGAACAACUACGUGAGCAUGCUGAAUCAGUAGUUAUGCAACAAGAACAAGCUCGUGGACCAUCCUUAAUGAUAGUUGGUCCAACAGAUGUGGGUAAAACAACGGUCUGUCGUAUUCUUUGUAAUUAUGCAGUUCGGGUGGGUCGAACACCAAUAUUUGUUGAUUUGGAUGUUGGACAGGGAAGUAUUUCUGUCCCUGGAACUGUUGGAGCACUCUAUAUCGAGAAAACAGCCGAUAUUGUUGAAGGUUUCGACAAGAAAGCACCCUUAGUAUAUCAUUUUGGGAAUCUUUCACCCGGUUCCAACAUUCCACUCUACGAUUUAUUGGUAAAGCAACUUGCGGAAGCAGUAUCGAAAAGACGAAAAUCUAGCCAAGAUGCUACUUAUGGCGGGGUAAUAAUCAAUACAUGUGGUUGGGUCAAAGGAGAAGGGUAUGCAUGUUUAGUAAAUGCAGCAGAAGAGUUUGAAGUUGACGUUGUUAUUGUAUUAGACCAUGAGCGGUUAUAUAAUGAGCUGCAACGAGAUUUACCAUCUUUUGUUAAGAUUUUGCAUCAGCCGAAGUCCGGUGGAGUUGAAAAUCGUUCAAAAGAAGUUAGAAUGUCGAGUCGCAAUGCUGCUGUACAUAAGUAUUUCUAUGGUACACGCGCAAUGCCGCUUUAUCCUCAUACAUUCGAGAUAUCAUUUGAUGAAGUUCAGUUUUGCAAAAUUGGCUGCGAACGAUUGCCUAUAGAAUGUUUACCAUUUGGAAUGAAAGUUGAUGAUCACAGAACAAAAGUAGUACCAGUGGAACCAUCAGAAGAUUUGGUACAUCAUCUUGUAUCGCUUUCGAUGUGUGCGACUGUGGAUCAGUCAGUACUAACAACGAACGUGAUGGGUUUUAUUGUGAUUACGGCAGUGGAUAUGGAACGGGAAAAGCUAACAGUACUGAGUCCACAACCAUAUCCACUACCAUCCAAGGUUCUCAUUUUUAGCGAAGUAACAUUUAUUGAUGAUAAGGAGCGGACUUAAAGCUUCUACUAGAG